AUGGACCUCGGAGGUCGCCAGGAUCAUGUAACCGACGAUGAGGGCGAAGCCGAGGCCGACGACCUAGUAGGCCUGGAUGACCAAGACCACGCUGGUCACGAGGAAGACGAGGAUGAGGACGAGGAUCUUGAAGACGAAGCGCUUGCCUCGCCCUCCCAAGCAACUCCACUCCCCAAUCUGGACCCACCACCGCCAUAUCUUCGUGAAAUCAGUACCUUGGCCUCAUGGACCGUCUCCUCCUCCAAGCCAGGCUGCUCAAUACCCCAGCUCCGGCACGCAAAUACAAAUCUCUUCUGGCAAUCCGACGGCCCUCAACCACACUACCUCAACAUCCACUUCUUCAAGCUCGUCCGCAUAGUCGGUCUUCGCCUCUACCUUGACUUUGAGCAAGAUGAAUCCUACACUCCCACACGCAUCAUCUUCCUCGCCGGCAGCGGCAUGAACGACCUCCAAGAAUGGGGAGAAAUGCGGCUCGAAAGCCCCCGAGGCUGGAUCUGGGCUGACUUCUCCGGCGUCGGCGACGUAGACAGCGACGACGACGACGAACACCCCGACCAAGGCGACAACGACGACCAUGAAGACGGAGCCAAUCCUCCUCUCACCACCGCAAAUACCCAACGACACCACCUCCUCACAGACGCCACUACAACCACCACCCCAGCCCCAACCCAAACCCCUCACCGCGACCUCUCCUCCGACUCCGAAAACGCCAUUCUAGAAAAUCACCAGAAUGGAAAGGAUACGCAUUUACGUGGACUACAGGUUUUCGCGAGGAAUGAUGAGGAUGGUGUUGGUGGUGGUGCGGGAGCGGGGGUCGAGAAGAAGACGGGGAAUGGGGUGGUGGUUGUGAGGAGGGAUGGUGGUGGGGAGAAGGAGAGGAGGAGGGAGAGGGAGGAGAGGGUCGAACUUGGGGGUGGGGUGGGGGGUAUGGGGUAUGGGGUUGACAUACGAUAG